AUGGCCAGCAGCGGGCCUGUGUCACCGAAAACUGCUGUAGCACCUGCACUCAUAUAUGCAGAUUCUGAGCUGGAAGUAGAUCUAGAUUGUGGAUCACCGACAAAUCCCGAGACGGACUGUGCCGAGGAUGCACCAGGCGCCAUGAAAGGUUUACAAUCACCUGCAGGUACACGAAAUAUCUAUUAUCUUGUAACACAAUUUCGUCGGUACAGUACUCUAACUAAUUAUUGCAUGUAUGUUCCGCUCACAGAUCUGUCACGCCAUAUUGGAGAUAGGCCUGCGCAGCCCCUCCUGUCAAAAUUUCCAACAACUAAGUUCGGCUCGAAACAUCGCUCCUUCUCUCCUGAAUGGUACAAGGCAUUCACGUGGGUAGAAUAUUCCAUAGCGAAAGAUGCAAUAUACUGCUACCCCUGCCGUCACCUCAAGGUAGGAGCAGUUAGUCGAGUUGAUCCAGCAUUCACUACAAUUGGUUUUCGGGGAUGGAAGAAGGCUAAGGGUAAAAGUGGAGCCCUGAAACAGCACGCGGAAUCCGCGAACCACCGAGCGAACAUGCAAGUAUGGCAACAACGUCUUGUUGCAGAAAGAGAAAAGGUUCAAUUCGGUGUGGACUACCAACUACGGGAUGUGGAAGAAGAGGAGAUUAUGCUUAAUCGGCACUACCUGAAGUCAGUUAUGACAGUGAUUCUCACCCUUGCGCGACAAAAUAUACCACUGCGAGGACACCACGAAUCAGAGACGUCGGAGAACCCAGGAAAUUUUAGAGCUAUUUUAGACCUCCUAGUCAAUCAAGACGCUCGCUUGCAGCAGAAGAAGAAUAGCCUUCCUAGAAAUGCCAGAUACCUAUCACCUAAUGUCCAAAAUACCAUACUGGAUAUACUUGGAAAGAUGGUGAAGGACAAGAUUUGCUCCGAGUUAAGGCAAGUGGAGCUUUCACGCUCAUGGCAGACGAAACACGUGAUGUCAGCAAAAGCGAACAGCUGUCCUUGGUUGUGA